AUGGUUUCUUCAUACAGUACGAGCUCGAAGAAAUCUUCUUUGGACGCUGUAGAGGAGAAAAUCAGUUACAGAGUAGCGGCUGCCGAUGAGGAGGACGGCAGGGAUGACGCUUCCGGUGACAAAGAGUUCGUCGAUUUACAGUCUGGCCAUGUGGACGAUGCAAUGAAGUUAGCCGAUGAGGCUAAGAAAAUUACAGUGACACCAGAGGAGGAUAGGAAACUUGUGUGGAAACUCGAUUUGGUGAUGUUCCCGCUCAUCUGCUUCAUUUACGCAAUCCAAUACAUGGACAAGAUCGCUACUGGGUCUGCCGCGAUCAUGGGGUUGAGACAGGACUUGCACAUGCACGGGGAUCAGUACUCGUGGGUCGGCUCAGCGUUCUAUUUUGGGUAUUUGUUCAUGAACUUGGGUCCAGUACAACUGAUUUUCCAAAAGACGAAACACAUGAGUAAAUUGCUUGCUCUGUUCAUCGGCUCAUGGGGGUUGAUUUUGUGUUGCCAUGCUGCUCCACGUAUCAAUUACGCGGCUUUCAUCGCUUUGAGGGUGCUGCUAGGUUGUGCAGAAGGUGUCGUAACUCCCUGUUUCACCAUUAUCACAGCUCAGUACUGGAAAUCAAAUGAACAAUUCACAAGAAUUUGUUUCUGGUUUGGGAUGAACGGUCUGGGGGUCAUUAUGUUGAACUCUAUGGCUUAUGGGCUUGUCCUGCACAAGGACUCGUACUCAAUCCCCGCUUGGAAACUGCUGUUCGUGAUUAUCGGUGUCAUCACUAUCGCGCUAGGGGCACUAGUAUGGUACUGGAUCCCAGAUGACCCAUCAAAGGCUAGGUUCUUGAACGAAAGAGAGAAGUUGAUGGUCGUACAAAGAAUUAGAUCAAACCAACAAGGGUUUGGUAAUCAUCAAGUGAAAAAAUAUCAAAUAAUAGAAGCGUUGAAGGACCCUAGAACAUGGAUGUAUUUUUGGUACUCUGUCGCAGUACAAAUCCCCAACGGUGGGAUCACAAAUUUCAUGAGUAUUCUACUAAACACCGAUUUCGGUUACUCCACAACGGAUUCCUUGUUGAUGGGCCUGAUCCCUGGUGCCAUCGAAUUGGUCUCCUCUCCACUGUUUGGUAUCUUAUCAGACUAUUUCGGUAAGAAAAAGGUUAAAAUCCUUUCAUACAAACUGACAUGGGCCAUCUUUUGUGCUGUUAUUGCAUUAAUUGGUAACUGUAUGUUGGCCUACGCUAAGGACAACAAAAAGGCAAGACUGGCAGGUGUGUAUCUUUGGUACUUGAUUCCGACCUCCUUCAUUUGCGUCCUAUCAAAUAUUAGUGCCAACGCUGCCGGUUACACCAAAAAAUGGACUGUCUCUUCGAUCAAUUUAGUAGCUUACGCCGCAGCAAACAUUGCAGGUCCACAAUGUUUCAUUGCCAAACAAGCUCCAAACUACUCCGGUGCAAAGACUUCCAUGGUUGUCUGCUACGCAUACUGUGUGGCCGCACUGAUAGUUCUCUUGCUCUUCAACAUCAUGGAAAACAAAAGACGUGACAAAUUGCAGGAGGAGCGAGGUCCUCAAAAGAUUGAAAACGUCGAAUUUGCAGACCUUACUGACUUCGAAAACCUGAAUUUCAGGUACACCUUAUAG